AGCUUCUCACAUUAGCACAAGGCAGAGACACGGAGAAGUGAAAGUUAUUGUUAAAUUUACCAUUACCGUGACGUUAUUUUUUAUUUCAGCUGUGAAUUUCCUGUUUUUCUGCCAUAACCGACUGAUGGAAAGGGCAUCCUGCUAGGGGUCACCUAGCGCCAUGUCCUUCUUAUGCCUGCGAGCAACUGUUAGAUAAUUUGACCAAUUAAAGGGGACAGACGGAAACAGCUUCCUCUACAGAUGGCCUUCUUCCGGCAACUGAAACUUCUUCUCUGGAAGAAUGGGCUGGCGGUCAUCAGACAGCCGCUAUGGUCCCUCACUCUGGUUAUCUGGCCUCUGAUCAUCUUCAUCAUCAUUGCUGUGACCCGCAACCAGUUCCCUCCAGUCAUCAAAGAUACAUGUUAUGUGGGAUCCAGAAACCUACCCAGCUCCGGCUUCUUCCCUUUCCUGCAGACCCUGAUGUGCAACACAGAUGGCAGCUGCCACAACAAAUCCCACCUGGCGGGCUCAGCUGCAUCAAAGUCAUCUAAAAGAUACUCACGGGAGGCAAGCCCGGAUCACCCGCUGAAGGUUUCCCCGAUGGCGAACCUGAUUGAGGGAGCAGGUUUUUUCAACAUCUCCAGGGACCCCAGCUAUGAUCCUGAAAAACUGAUUAAAGCCAUGAACAGCUUUUUGGGUUCAUCCUACCAAGGAAUGCCUCAUAAUGCCUCUCUCAUGAACGGCAUGAAUACAACUCUUCUGGGAGAUGAGGAGGGCGUCAAUGAAAUGCUGGACUCAAUGAACCUGUUGAAAAGAGCCAUCUGCACCCUGAUGCUGCCCAGGAUGAACACAACCUCACCCGACGCCCUCUCCUACGCUGUGGUCACUUUCUGCAGGUCCAACAACAGUUUGUUUGAAGUCUCGCUCAACACACUCAACCAGAUACUAACGGACCUGAUUCUGACAAAACCAAAUGAGACGUUGACGGUGGCCGGGGCAGCGGUGUUGGUGUUCGAUCAGCUGCAGAAUCAGACCGCACUGUGGGAAACCCUUUUAAAUGUUCCCCAGCUCUUGUCUUCUGGUUCUUUUGACGAAAUGCUGGCCAGCGCAGGGACCCUGCUCACCAACAUACAGCGCGCCAUGCAUGUCCUCCAGGGCAAUUUCCCUGAAGCCAGUGCCUCACUGUCCCCAGUGCAUCCGCUCCUCGCUGGAGGAAUCAACCUGGUCCACUAUGCUCAAAACUGGCCCGGCAAAGAUGUGUCCAUUUCCCUCAGAGAGGUUGUCACAUUAGAGAAUGACACACUUAGUGACAUGGUCAGACUUGUUCUGCAAGAAGUCACAAUACCACUGAACAAGGCUAUCUUCUUGACAUUGGACAGAGAAAUGGUGCUUAUGUACGUGUGUGAAAACAGCAGUAACCCAUUCUGGCUCACAGCAGCAUGCAGUACAGGGGCAGUGGACAUGCUUCUGGGAUGGAUCAGCCCUGGCGAGGUGGCAAAGCAGGUUCUUCGGGUAUGGAGUGAGCAUGUUGCUCCACAUGACAUAUCCUUCGCCAAAGGGCUGCUGCACAGUCUGAUGGGAGGUCCAUCUCCCGGAGGACCGGGAGGCUCCAACAUCACGAGGACCUACCGUAGCGUAGUUACACAACCACAAAACCCUGAGGAGGAGCUAUUUUUGGGGGUCGGUCAAUUGGUGAUGGAGACUAUAGCAUUUGUACCGGAGUUGGAUAUGGUUGUCCAGGUCAUCCUCAAAACUGGCUUUCAGUCCAUGAGGUCAGUGGCACAGGCCCUGGAAACAGCAGAAGAAUUAGUGGGCAGUGUCCUGGAAUGUGCUCAUCAUCUCAAAAUGACUUACCUAACGUUGCUGACAAACCAGACUGAGGCAAACGUUUGGAUUGGUCGUGUCAGGGACAGUGUCAUGGAAGUGAUUACAGAGAUACAGUCACCCGAGCCUUCAACAUGUGAGGAUGUGUUGGGUCCCUUUGAGUGGCUUUUAACAUCAGAGAACGUACCAGUUGAGAUUUGGAAAGCAUUGAUCUGUCAGGACACCUCCCCUCUGGAGCAAGCGCUACAGGCGGGCCGGCUGCCAUUGGUUCAGAAGGCACAAGACGUGUACAACACCAUCACAGAACAAACAGACGACAACGUGACACUUCCUAUGAUUCUCUCAGAGUGGCACAAGCUGCAAAACUUCAGUAUGCAGUUUGGCAUGCUUUUGGACACACUGGUCACAGGACUGGGUGGAGCAUACUGGAUGGACUGGAUGCCAGACAACAACGAUCAUAAUGUUACCGACACUCUUCAACAAAGUGUUUUCUUGCUCAUGGUGAAUGUGGGAGAACAGAUUGAGGAGAGUCAACUGUGGCCUGAGGUAAAGAAUUCUGUCCAUGCGCUUUACUGGAUUUUGAACUACAGCCCCGGUGUCACAACUCAGCCAGCAAACUGUUCUAUCAACAUCUACAACCAGGUCCUUGAGUGUAAUACUGGUUUGAACUGGCCACAGUUUGUUCAAAGAAUGACUCAGGUUCUGAUGUCACCAAACCAAGAUGUCCUGGUGCAAUGUCUCAAAGGAACUGUGAAUCUGUUGCAGCAUGCAUAUGGUGAUGUCUUUCAACAAAUGAUCGGGUCAGGUUUGAAACAAGAAAUCACAGGAGGAGACGCGCUCUCCGCCUACCUGAUAAACCUGAUGCGAAACCUGGCUAGCUUUGUCAACUCUAUCUCCAUGCUUCCCGAUGAAAACAUUGCUGACCCUGAUGUCAUGCUUCCCCACAUCGGUAACCUGUUACAGUCUGUAGGUCUAAGACCACUGCUGCCUCUGCUCGUCGGUGAAGGUCCUUUCAAUGUCUCCACAGUGCUCGAUGUUGCCUCGAAAAUUGGCAGGCUCAACCAGCACAUUUUUACCUUUAAUGAGACAGACCCUACAAUGCCAGAACUGGAACGGUUGAUAAGAUUCUUUCUCUCCUUGGAGGGUAACCUCACCAUCUCUCUCAGCCACAUCAUGGGACACACUCUGCUUACCUAUUCGGACUACUUCCACCCUGACGAUGCGGCUCAUCUCAUACAGGCCAUCCGGCCAUUCACCAACCAGACCUCAGCUGGCGUUGUUGAAGCCAUCCUCAGUGCCAUGGAGCUACUGAAGACAGUGAUGGAUUCUCCAAAUGGUGACCCAACUAACAUCAUUCUUGGGUACAUACGCCAGCUUCAAGAAUUUGUGAUGUCUCUGUACAGACUGCGAAAAAUCCAACAUUUCUCAUUACCAAAUGGGCAGCUCAGCCCAGCACAAGUCAAUGAUCUCCACUUGCUUUCCAAAGACUUUCUUGGACUUCUCACCCCAGAGAGCCUUCAGAACCUGUCUCAGGCUGGACCAGAUGCUGCCCUGGACAUUGUUGCACAGAAAAUUGUUGCAUUCCUACCACCUGAGGUCCAACUGGACGCUGCUCGCUUUCUCCAAGAUUUUGUCGCUCUGCAGUCUCAGGUGACCAGAUGUGCAGCAGGCCAAGACUGUUUGGCUGGAAUCUCAGAACUCUUCACGUUCCUGGAUCAGAUAUUAUACAUAAUGCUUGCGGCUGACAGUAAUGUCACCGUUACAUUAGCAAACACCAACUCUGUUCUGGAGGGGCGGGAACGUGAGGAAAUUGUAUCCCAGUUCUUCCCACUACUCCUUUCCUCAAAUGAUGCUGCCAAUGUGGAAACAUUCAAACAGAUUCUUCAUUUUGCCAGAUUGAUCAUGGCUACACCGAAUAUUACUGUGUCUGAUGUCCAGAAUGCUCUGCAACAGUCAAACCUAACCCUCGAGGAGCUAAACAACAUUACUACUCUUGCCGGAGCUGCCAACAUUAAUGACCUGGUGGUAAAUAUAAUGGAGAUUAUCAAUGCUCGCGAGUGUUUCGAGCCACAGCAUAACCAGAUGGUGACAGCCCAGUGUAUUAUGGGAUUGAUCGAUGAUGUUAGCAAUUUCCUGAGCAACAUACCUGCUCUCCGUGAUCAGGCAGCCAUCGUCUCCCUCAUCCCGUUAAUUGUCAAUAACGCAAUCAGGGAUGGCGUCCAAGCUGACUUCAGCUCCAAUCCUAACAUUGCUCUUGCACACACCUUGAACAGCACACUGGCCAAUAUCAAGAUGAACCUCCAGCUGAAUAACCUGUACACUCCAGAGAUCAUGAAUGAAAUCAGAGUGGUAGAGGGUCUCAUCCAACUGCUCGUCAACAUGGAACCAUUAAACAAGUUGAACGCCACCUCUGAUAUGGACUCCAUGCAAGCUCAGAAAGUGUAUGUUGAGAUGGUCCAAUGGUACUUGGAAAAGCUGGAAAACAUCACCAGAACAAGUUCCAUCUCAGACCUCCUUCAGCCCUUUUACUAUAUCACACACAUGCAAGUGACAUUGCAGCUGACACAGUUGAAUUUCACUUUGUUUGUCUCUAAGCAGGUUGAGACCCUGAUAUACAGCCUCCAGCACCCAAUAGAUAGUGCAGGGGUGAGUGCAAUUGGCCAAACAGCAGUUGAGAUUCUCAGGCGUCUGUUUGAACUCUUACAGAUCAACCUGGAGGCUCAGAAUGAACUCAAUCACAAUUUACUGUUUAACACAACCACUCUGCAUGCUUUUGAGCUCCAAGUUAAUCUUUACCUCAACCUCAUAGAGAUGUGGAUGAAACAACCCAAUGUCUCGCCAGUCCUCAGUAGUAUGCUCCAAUGGGGAAACCCUGACCUAAAUGCCUCCACUCCUGUGACAGACUUCCAGCACCUGCUGCAGACGAUGGUUCAUUUUCUCAGUGAGGAUCAACAGGCCUACCUCUCCAUCAUUCACAACGCCACCAUGCUGCUGAGUAAUGCCCUAAUGGUGGCAGAGCAACCAGGUGGCCUCCAGAGUGACCACUUCUUAUCCGCAAUCUUGGAAGCAGUCCAAACAGCUAUGCAGAGCCUGACCACAGCCACAGGCCCCCUGCCACCCUCUGUACAGCAGAACAUCCUGGAAAUAGUGCAGGACUCACUUAGGCUCAUUGUCCAACCAGACAUGAGUUUUGCCACAUCACGUAACAUCUCCCUCCUCAUCCUCCAGAGGGCCGAAAGCGUCAUCCAACAGACACUCGCAGAAAUGGGUGCUGAAUACCUGCUCCCUGGUAUCAGAGUGGCAACCACAUAUUUUGAGAGCAUCUCUGCAAGCAGUGGACCAGACAGAUGGAAUCAGCUGAUUCUGGAUGAGAUGGAGACACUUCAGAGCGUCCUGCCACCAAACAACCCGGCCCAGGCCUACAUCUCUGUCCUCAUUAACAUCACUCGCUUUAUCUGGGAAUCUGGCCAAGGCAACAUGAGUCUCUGGGACAGUUUUGAGAGUGCAUCAGAAGACAAUCUCCCGUUAAUUUUCAGCAGGAUGGGCAGACUCUUGAACAUGCUAUGGCCACUGAUCACGGGAGACCCAGGCCCAGAUCUAACAACUCCAUCUCUGGAGGGCUAUGCUCAUCUUGCUCCAGUCCUGGAGCACGUCCUGACAGGGAAGGCAGACCAAAUGACAUGGAACGAACUUGAAAGGAUACUAGAGGCCCUGCUGUCAACCCUCAGUGGAACAGAGAUAUGGGACAGUGUCCCUCCUGUUAUCCAAGUGUUUGAGCAAGUCAUAGGGAGUACGGUGAACAACAUUCAAGCACAGAAUGUGUUGAUACUAAGCCUCCAGACACCAGUGGCUACCCUGAUGAUACAACUUGCACAGUCUGUUAACAGCAGUCAUUUUAACUUGACUGAGGUCUCGGAAAGAAUGCAGCUUGCCAUUGAACGCACGCUGCAGGCAGUUGAGCAGGCUAACGGCACAUUGGAGUGCAGUGAAGUUCUCAGAGCAUGGGAGCCAGUAAGAGAGGCAGCUGGGUUAAACCACGCCACCUUGGCUAUGUGGUGCAACAUCAACCUGCAGCCUCUUUUAGAGGCCUACGCUGAAGCCAACGCUGUUUACGCCCACAUGAACAUGAGCCACAUGGGUGUGGGACCAAUGACUGUGAGCGCCACAGCUGCCAGGAUUGUCAGGAGUAUACAGUCUCUCUACCAAGUCAACAUCAACAGCACACUUGUGACAGGGCAGCUCCUCGAGGCUUUCAUCAGCCAACUCUCUGUGCUCGCAGGCCAGCCUCUGAGCCAUGAGGCACAGCUUCAUUGGUUCAAGCAGCUCCAAAACAUGCAGUUGCAAAACAGUUUGUCUUCUCUCAAAAUGCUCUCAGAUGAGCUGGUAAAGGUGGCCCCAUUCCUGCAGCCUUGCAUGGAGGCUCUACAGAAAACAGUGCACUACAUCCUUGAUAACUACCAUCGCAUAGAAGAGGGCAGCUCGUCCGAGGAACUCUUUGGAGAAGCAAUAAUGAUCUUCCUGUCUUCUGCAAAUAUCACGUCAGAUGACAUGAUGUUGGGACAAUUUUCUGAAUUCAAUGAAGCAUCUCUUAUCGACAUAAUGAGAGAAGCUAUGAAACUGAUGAUUGACAUUGAGUUAUUUGGGGAUGCACCUAUGAUAUACCAAGCCAUGGAACAGUUUCUGGCAAGCAACGACUCGAGGGUGAUGAUACAGAAAGUGGCCGAGAUGUUUGAGUGGUUCGCCUCCACUCAAGCUUCUGGACUGGAUCUGCUGAUUCAGGCUCUACCUAAAAUCUACGACAUCCUUCGUCCUCUCUGGGCUGUUCUGACCCAAAUGGAUAUAGAAAUACCACCAAUCAUGGAGCAGUUUGAAGACAUACUUGCAGUACUGCGGCAGUUCAUCCUCACCAGUGGUCCUCUGACUCCCAUGGACCACUAUCCGGGUAUGUUUCAGCAGGAAAUGACAGGCGCUAACCAUACGAUGAGGGUCCGAAAUAGACGCGAGACCUCAUUGAUGCCGGCAAGGACGCCCAUGGAUGACUUCAUAGACCUCUUCCAAAUUGACUACCCUGCCAUGUUCAGAGCCAUCUCCGCCCCUGUUACCACAGAAGAAGUUACAGAGACAAUCCACAUGUUCUUUGCCAAUCCUGAUCUGAGCGUUGUGGUGAAAGGAGCUACAGGCAACAUGCCGUGGGGCAUGGCUGCCUCUCGGGAAGGGAUCAUUGAUGCUGCCCUUGGGAUGCUCUCCUUCUUCACUAUUCCUGGCGCGUUUCAGAUGUCAUCAAUGGAUCCUCUGAUGAAUGCUGCCAAUAUGCUUCCCGAUGACUUUCCAUUCUCCUCACUGCUUAAAAAUAUCACCAGAGUGCUUGCCGGUGAAUCUCAAGAGAACCUGAUGCUCAUACAAGAGGCCAUCCAAACAGCCGCUGCGCUCCUCGAGAUCAGCCCGACAGACCCGCGAUUCACAGAGCAACUUGGCCACCUGGAAUCCAAGGUGUGCGACCUGGAGGAAACAGAGACUGUGCGUCUGCUGAUGUCGGCCCUCUCCAUUCGGCCUGGGCAACUGUGUCACACUCUUCUACCCAGCCUGAAGGCCUUGGUUGAGAGUCUGAUUAACAACACGACUUACCUGACAGAUGUCAUCUUCCAGGCUGUCAUCGGAGACCCUAAAACCUACAAUGUUCACACAGACUGGUCCUCAGCGUUGAGUCAAGGUUUGGGCUUUAACACCAGCAGCCUGAGGUCCUUAAACAUUAACAUCACCUCCCCAGGAGUGGUGACGGUCGGUGAAAUGCUGAGGGAUAAAGAAGCCUUCAUCAUGGAAGUUCAACAACGCAUGAAUUUUGAUCCAGCUACUCUCCACCUCUUGAUGGCAACCACACUGCCAAACAACAACUUAGAGAUUCUAUCAUGGUUGGUCAACCUUCGCCAUUGCAACUCCACAGCAGCCUUGGAAAUGAAAGCGACAGAUGUGGUCAUCCUAACGACCUUCUGCUCCAUGUCUGUCGAGCAGUGGUACACCUUCUCACUGCUGAUGGCUCGCCAUCUCAACGUGGAGAAACUCAUCUACAGAAUGGUGCUGUCUGAGGAAAUACAGAGCCUCGUGGGAGUGAUGAUCAAGAUGGCUGAGGUUAUAAUUGACAUGAUGGACAUGAUUCUUCCUGCUAUCGGUCAGCUUCGAAACUACAUGGUCUCCAUCCAGGACCUCAACCUGCCUGAUGAACACGAAUUCGACCGGAUGGUGAAAGGACACCAUGACACCAUCUCGACUAGAGCUACAUUUGUCACCCUAUCUCGAGCGUUGUGCAGCAAAGGUAUUGUGGCUCUGCUUGGAAUCUCCAAACUCCCCACCAUGCCGGAUUCAAACUCUUCCUUCCUUGACCAGCAGAGGGAGGAGAUGAUCGAGAGAUUCAAGAUUCCAAAAACUGCCUCUCCGUUUUGUAUGAACAUGUACCUUGACAUGGUCAAUACCACGGGAGGAGCCAUCGCCUGGGCCUUCCUCAAACCAAUGCUAAUGGGACAAAUUCUGUACACCCCUGACACACCCAUCACCAGGGCCAUAAUGGAGAAGGCCAAUGCCACCUUGCAGGUGUUUGCAAAUCUGAGGAAGUACUCCAAGGAGUGGAUCGACUCCUCCAACUACAUCAUGAACUCGGCCGAAAUACUCGGCCACACAUUGCCAAUGCUGCAGAAUUCCCUCGGCAAUUCCUUUGUUCAGAAUUUCAUUGAGAUGCAGACAGACAUCAAUGUCGGCAGAAUGAAGGAGACGCUCAGCAACUUCUCUAACAUGACCAUCAUGCUGGAGAAAAACAAACACAUAAUGGAUCAGAUCACAACCUUGUCCACCCUGAUGGUGAACCUCUCCUCCUGCAUCAAGUUUGACCGUUACCGUGGCUACGACACUGCCGACCAGAUGAACGCCGAAGCUCAGGAUCUUGCCAAAAACCGUGAUCUCUAUGCAAGUGUCAUCUUCAAGCUUCCCAAAGACGAGGGCACAUCCAGGAAGCGUCACGCCAGGUCUUCCUCCUCCACAUCUUCCCUCCCUCCCAAAGUCAGCUACACCAUCCGCAUGCACAUGGACAACGUCAUGCGUACUGACAGAGUCCGGAACCCCUAUUAUGUCAAGGAGAACCACAUCUGGUCCAAGCAGACACUACGCUACAACCGGGGCUUUGUCUACCUGCAGGAGAACAUUGACCGGGCAAUCAUUGAGACCCAGACCGGACAGAAAGUCACAGAUCCAGCCGUCCAGCUGCAGCCCUUCCCCUAUCCCUGCUACUACCGAGAUGAGUACCUGGAGGCCAUCUCUUUUGUCUUCCCACUCAUGCUCAUGAUAGCCUGGGUGCUGUUUGUGGCUGAUUUUGUGAAGAAGCUGGUGCACGAGAGAGAGCUGAGGCUGCAUGAGUACAUGAAAAUGAUGGGAGUCAACCCGCUCAGCCACUUCUUCGCCUGGUUCCUGGAGUGCGCCUCCUACUUGUUGAUGACCAUCUUCAUCCUCACGCUGGUGCUGAAAUAUGGCAACAUUCUGCCCAACAGUGACGGCUUCCUCCUUUUCUUGUACCUGUGCGACUACGGUUUGAGCAUCCUGUCCUUCAGUUACCUGGUCAGCUCCUUCUUUGACAAGACCUACAUCGCCGCCCUGAGUGGCAGCCUCCUCUACAUCCUCUGCUUCUUCCCCUUCAUUGUGGUCAUGGCCAUGGAGACAAAUUUGACCUUCUCCGAGAAGAGCGCCCUGAGUUUGUUUUCCCCGACCUGUUUCAGUUAUGCUAGUCAAUACAUCUCCCGGUAUGAGGCCCAAGGAGAAGGCAUUCACUGGAGCAAUUCAUACACUUCGCCCAUGUCUGGAGACACAGCUUCGUUUGGUUGGCUCUGCUGGCUGAUGCUCAUCGACUCCAUCCUCUACUUCAUCAUCGGGGCUUACAUCCGCAUGGUAUUCCCAGGAAAGUAUGGCAUCCCUGCCCCUUGGUACUUCCCCUUCAAAGCCUCCUUCUGGGCUGACCUGUGCUGCUGCGUUAAGUCAAAGAGUAACGUAGGCAGAGGACUCCUCUUCUCAAACAUCAUGCAGAAAAACCAGCCUGUCUUCUCUGACGACAAGGAAAAAGGCCAGAACACUCUUUCCUCUCAGACCGGCGAGGAUUUCUCAGAGCUCCCAGUGGGCGUUGCCCUCCACGGCCUUAGCAAGAUAUAUGGUGACCGAGUAGCUAUUGAAAACCUUAAUGUAGCCUUCUACGAGGGCCACGUCACCUCUCUGCUUGGUCACAAUGGAGCCGGCAAGACCACCACCAUGUCUCUCCUGACUGGCCUUUUCGCCCCAUCAUCUGGCUCCAUCGAGGUGUACGGCAGAGACAUGCAGAGUAACAUUGAAGACAUUCGCAGAGAGCUGGGGGUGUGCAUGCAAUAUGACGUCCUGUUUGACCACAUGACCGCCAAGGAGCACCUGCUGCUGUAUGGCCAGAUCAAGGCACCACACUGGUCACACAAGGAACUGCGUGAACAAGUCCGCACGAUCCUAGAGGAGACAGGCAUGUAUGUUCACAGACACAAGCGGGUGGGCACCCUGUCAGGCGGCAUGAGGCGCAAGCUGUCAAUCUCCAUCGCCUUCAUAGGGGGCUCCCGCUUGGUGGUUUUGGAUGAACCCACCACAGGAGUCGACCCCUGCUCAAGACGCCACAUCUGGGACAUUGUUAUCCAGCACAAGAAAAAUCGCACUGUCAUCAUGUCCACCCACCACCUGGAUGAGGCUGAAGUUCUGAGUGACCGCAUCGCCUUCCUGGAGAGAGGAGGAUUAAAAUGCUGUGGAUCCCCCUUCCACCUAAAGGACAAGCUGGGUCAGGGCUACAAACUCACUCUCACCAAGAAGGUGCAGAACCUAGACUCUGAGCCGAUGGACAAUGCUGAGAUGAAGGCCUUCAUCCAAGCUCAUAUACCGGAAGCACGUCUGAAAGAAGCCCAGGGCGGCGACCUGGUCUACUCCCUGCCUCCCUUCACCUCAUCCAACGCCUCCUCAUACCGCUCUCUCCUGACCGCGCUGGACUCCAACCUGGACGCCCUGCAGCUGGGGGGCUAUGGCAUAUCUGACACCACCCUAGAAGAGGUGUUCCUCCAGCUGACUCACGGAAGCACAGUAGUCGGGGGUGAGGACGGCCCCCUGUCUAUCUCAGAGACAAUUUCAGACACGGAUUCCAUCGACAGCUUCCCCUCAGACUCCAGUGGAAGCAUCUACAACUUUGGCGACAAGAUCAAGCUUACCGGUUCAUCCGUGGUGCACGGCAUGGCCUUGGCCUGGCAGCAGAUGGCAGCCAUGCUGAUCAAGAGGUUCCACCACAGCCGCAGAGACUGGAAGGGCCUGAUCUCCCAGAUCCUGCUCCCUGUUCUGUUCAUAGUGUUUGCUAUGGGCCUGAGCUCCAUCAAGAAAGACCUGCGGCACUAUCCGGAGCUGGAGCUCAGCCCUGCGCUUUACAACUUUGAACCAAGCUACUCUUUCUUCAGUAACAAAAAUCCCAACUCCGCCCAUCUUGUGGACACUAUGAUGUCAUUCCCCGGGAUCGAUAACGCCUGCCUCGCCAAGCCCAGUAACCUGGUCUGCACAAGAAGCACAAACAACUGGAGUUCCAGAGGGAACAGCUCGAAACCAUUUAACGUCUGUAAAUGCACCCAUCAGGAACAGAUUUGUGAUGCGAACAACUUCCAGCCCCCCCAUAAGAAGAUCUCUUCGUCUCAGAUUAUGUACAACCUGAGUGGCAUCGACGUGGAGAAGUACCUUGUGGCCACAACUAAUGACUUCAUCAGGAACAGAUAUGGUGGCUUUUCUCUAGGCAUGCCCCUCCCUCCUGACUUGCUCAUGGAUAUAACAGCGGUGCCCAAAAAUCGCACUCUGUCUAAGGUCUGGUUCAACCCAGAGGGCCAUCACACAAUGCCAGCAUACUUAAACAGCCUCAACAACAUCAUCCUACGCGCCAAUCUUCCAGCAGACAAGGAUCCACAUAAAUAUGCCAUUUCAGUUUCCAGUCACCCCUAUUUCGGCCGGGCGGAUGAUGAAGACUCAGUUGUCCAGGGAAUGCUCCAGAUCCUAGUGGCUAUGUGUGUGCUGACGGGUUAUUCAAUCACAACAGCCAGCUUCGCCAUCUAUGAAGUCAGCGAGCACCACAGCGGCUCUAAGAGGCUCCAGCACAUUUCUGGCAUCAGCGAGCCUUUCUACUGGGCUGUGAACUUCUUCUAUGACAUGCUCAUGUAUUUGAUCCCUGUGACUUUGACUGUUGCCGUGAUCGCAGCCUUCCAGAUUCCAGCAUUCACAGAUCGGCAAAAUUUAGGCGCUGUCACCCUGCUUCUGGUCCUCUUUGGGUUUUCCACCUUCCCCUGGAUGUAUCUGUUGUCGGGCGUCUUCAAGGAUGCAGAGAUGGCCUUUAUUGCCUAUGUGUGCAUCAACCUCUUCAUCACUACCAACACCAUCCUGUCCACCUCCGUCCUGUACUUCAUGAAUCAGAUUUCAAUAAAUAAACCUGAGUUCAUCCAGGAGCUCUUUGAGAGGCUGAGCUACGCCUUCCUAAUCUUCCCGCAGUUCAACUUUGGGAACGGGCUGGUAAAGUUGGCCAGGAUGAACAUAGAGGUUCAGCUGCUCAGUGGCUACGGCAUUGACGCAUAUAAAAACCCAUUCUCCAUGGAAGCCCUGGGCUGGAUGUUAAUCUGCUCCUUCAUCCAAGGCGUAGUCUUCUUCACGCUGCGCCUCCUGCUCAACAGGUUCCUGAUUCGCAAAGUCAGAAAUCUGAUUAGGGGCAGCAAGAAGGUGCUAAAUGCGCCUUGUGAGGAUGAAGAUGAGGAUGUGGUGGCUGAACGCCAGCGGGUGUCCAGUGGAGCAGCCAGCACAGACCUACUGCAGGUCAACCAGCUGACUAAGGUCUAUCAACACCUCAAGAGGAAGAUCCAUGCUGUCAAGAAGCUCUCUGUGGGCAUCCCUGCAGGAGAGUGCUUUGGUCUGCUGGGAGUGAACGGAGCAGGAAAAACUACCACCUUCAAGAUGCUGACUGGAGACGUUAGCCCCACUGAUGGCACAGCACAGAUCAGGGACUGGGAUGGGCGGUUGGUUGACAUCAUGGAGUGCCGUAACAAGGGAAUUAACAUCGGCUACUGUCCCCAGGUGGAUGCGCUCGACAACCUGCUCACUGGAGAAGAGCACUUGUACUUCUACGCUCGCAUCCGAGGCGUCUCAAAGAGGGAGAUAGACAGGGUGGUGAACUACCUACUGAAGAGGCUGGAGCUAGGCUACCACAGAAGCAUCAUCACUGAUGGAUACAGUUGCGGCACCCGCAGGAAGCUCUCGACUGCGCUGGCUCUCAUCGGGCAUCCGCAGAUCCUGCUCCUGGAUGAGCCAAGCUCUGGCAUGGACCCUCACACCAAGCGUCACCUGUGGAAAAUCAUCUCAGAAGAAGUGAAGGGAAAAUGUGCCGUGGUCCUCACCUCUCACAGCAUGGAGGAGUGUGAGGCACUGUGCGGCCGUCUUGCCAUCAUGGUGAAAGGUCAGUUCCGUUGCCUGGGCUCCCUGCAGCACAUUAAGAACAGGUUUGGCAGCGGGUUCACUGUGAAGAUGUACUUGGCCAAGGCCUCCUGUGAUGCAGAGGCAAUCACUGGCUUCAUGCAGCGCCGAUUCCCCAGCACUUAUCUCAAGGACCAGCACUCGACUAUGGUGGAGUACCACGUACCAAUUGCACCAGGAGGGGUGGCUGACAUCUUCAACCAGCUGGAGUCCAACAAGAAUGCUCUGCAGAUCAAACACUUCUCUGUGAGCCAGACCACACUGGAUGAGGUCUUCAUCAACUUUGCCAUGGGAAAGAUCGCCAUGGAAUCCAUAGCUCUCAACAGCGAAGACGAGGAGUGCGACGUCCCAGACUCCAUUAAGGCAGUCGAGACGUAGAGCUGACUGCCAUCUUUUCUUUGCCAUGUUAUCUAUUUCCACUGUGAAAUGUGAAAACCUGUGUUUAUAGCAAAGCUACCCUCAAUAUAUAUGUGCAAAAGACGAAUUUAAACCAUUCAUAUUUAAAAUGACUGAUUAUUUCUUCAAAGUGUUUUGACCGAUCACAUGAAGGAUAACUUAUAUUAAAAGGGCACAUGCACAUUUUUAUACAUGCACAGAUGAAAAAAGUUGAUAAACUGAAGUUUCCCAUUAAUACUCUGAAUCUUAUUAUUUAUGAAGGAUAAAAUUACUCGUAUAGGCUAUUCAUUUCUCUCUGUGGUUGGGGCACUGUUAACCGUUAGAUUGUAUACCGUAGCAAAUGAAAAACACUUAAUUUUCUAUUUAGAAUCUUUUUCUAUUUGACCUUUAUGUUUGCAAAACAUGGUUUUACAUCUUAAAGUACUCAUACUAGAUAUAUAACAUGUUUAAAGAUGUUAUUCUUUUAAUCUAACAAACGGAAAUAUUCACACUCAGAGGAACAUCCUCGCAAUGCACUUUUUCCCUUCGCAUUAAUACUUCCUCUAAGGGCAUACCUAACUUUUAGAAUGAAUGUAAUGAAUAUUUAAUUGUCUUUUUCCUGCUUGUGGACCAGUUCCAAAUUGUCUUGAAUGUAUCAAAUCUAUUUUUAUUAUUCCAAUAAAGCUAUUUUUC